UUUGAACAAACUCACUCCGGAGUAGCCAUUUAUCGACUCCCGCAGGCGGGGUUUCCUUCCUAUCUUUACUUUUAUCUCCUGGAUGUGCUUGUAAAAGGUAGAAAUAUUUAAAGCUUUGAACACCAUCGAUGCAACUGAAGCUGCCGCCUAGCUCUUGAAAUCAAAAUAAAAUGGAUUAUCAUAAACAAACGAUUUUGUUCAUCAUGUUAAUUUCAUAUUGCGCUGGAAUGGUAUGUAGCUGUGCUUGUUCAAGCAAUCUAAAACACUGUGCUAACAUUUACCAAAUGUCAGUGGACUUCCAAACGGCUGAACAGAUGUGCAGAGAACAGGGCGGUCAGUUAUCUGUCCAGUCAAAUGGAUCAGAUAAAGUUGUCGACUAUCUUAUUGAUAACCUGAUCGGGGACUUUUGGUCCGGACUCCAUCUACCAAGCGACAAGUGUUUAAAUAAUACGAGCGCAUUACGCGGAGAAGAAUGGACCAACUUGGAGACCGAGGAAGCGCCUUGCCUUCCACUCUGCAUGUCUGUCUCCAGCGACGGAACGCGGACGCCGAGACCAUGCACGGACAAACUGGAUGGGUUUUUGUGUGAGGACUCUCAAGGGGAUCUUUGCAAAGGACGUGCGGUCAUUCUGGAUAAUACACGGUGCAUGAAUGCGCCCUGUGAACAUGUAUGCACUCCUGUGAAAGCCGGAUAUAAGUGUUCAUGCAUAGAGCGAUUCCGUGCAAAUGCUCGAGAUCCACGCCGCUGUGAUUUUUAUUGCGCAAAGAACGUUUGUGCGGCGUUGUGUAUGAGAAGCGGGUCGGCGUGCUGGUGCCCGGCUGGUUUUGUUAGAAGCGACCAAAACUGCGAAGACAUAAAUGAAUGUGAUUCUAAUCACGACUGCGCACACAAGUGCAUAAACACCAUAGGAAGUUAUAGAUGUGAAUGCUAUGAGCCUUUCAUACUCGUUAAUGGAUCUGAGUGCACUCGUGUUCGUAGUUUUUAUAAUGGUAUAAAAGUAUUAACAACACCGUCACCGAAUUAUAUAGCAAGAGGGACACUGUCUACCCCAGGAGAGUUUGCUGGGCUGAUAAUAUUCCUGGUAAUGGCUGGUUUUGCUCUAUUAAUACUUGUGCAUUAUUUACGCGGUCGUAAAGCAACUGUACAGGAAUGCAAUCCAUCAGAUUCUGGCGAGUUUCAAAAAACUGUAUCUAAGUAAAUGGAAACUUUAUAUAAAGAUGGUGAUGUCCCUUAGUGUAUCUAUUAUUUCAUUUGUUUACUGUACACAUUCUGUGAAGGAUUAGAUUUGAUGGAAUGACUGUUAAAUCUCGUAAUAUGUUUGUGAACAUAUAUGUAAUAUGCAAAGUAAUGUACCCAGAAUGACUUCAGUUUACAGCCAGAUGAAACUGCACUAUGAAAGUCAUUUUCCAUUUUACAUAGGCGUACCUUUUCACUCAACCUGCCCUGUACGAAAUACAAAGGGAAAAAGCGCUUUUUAUAAUUAUUUAAUGUAUAGUUUAUUUUGUUGUAUACAAACUUUAUUCAAAUUCUAAAGUUUACAUGACAUUUUCAAAUUUAUUUUGUAGAAUUCAUUUAAAAAAGUGUUUAUCACUAUUAAAGUUUUUUUAUUAUUAUUAUUUUUUUUUUUAAUGAACAAUAAAACCAAAAGCUGAUUUUUUUUAGGUGUACCAUUCAUCAGUGUUUGUAUCAGUAUUGUUAUCAAUAAUCAGUAAUGUUCAAUCAAUAUUGUUUAAUUUAGUGUUAUACAUAUGUUAUAACAUUUAAACAGCAUGUUUUCUUCUAAUGUCACAAGUCAUAAUCUCAAGUUUACUGGGUUUUACAUGAUUUGAUUCUUUUGUGUGCGUUUAUGAAGGGUACCCACAAUCUUAUCAGUUUAUAUGUGAAGAAAUCCAACUUCUCGCAAAAUGACUGUUUGACAAACUACUCAGCAAACUAAUUCCUCUUACCGCUGCUUUCUGAUGGUUUGAAGAACAUUUACUCCGAGUCGCCCCUGUCUUUUCAAAGAAUUAAACGAAGGUGAGCAAGUGUAAAAAGUGUCAAGCAAGUGUCAAAAAAGCCAUUUGGAGAGGAGCGCACACAGUCAGCAGGUUUGUGGAGUAGAGGCAGGCGAAAUUAUAAACAAGGCUUAUAAUAAGUGCAACUGCGCCAAGCGCAUCACACUCUUUUACUCAACCAUUGGACCAUGCUUCUUUUUCUACUCCGAAAUUUUCCCACUAAAAGCUGCAUGGAUAUAUUUGCUUAACCUGACUGGCCUUUUUCUAUGUAAACUUUUUAGAAAAAGUUAAAUAAAUUCACACUUGAUUUAACUAUUCACACUUUAUAUCGAUGCCACUAUUUGUCACAUCCCUC